CGCCGCCACGUGAACAAUUCCGAGUCGACUCGCAGCAAAAUCGGAGAGCAAAAUACACCACGAUCCUUCCCGUCUUUCUCCCGACAAGUGACGAAUCCACACCAACACAAUCAUUCCUGCCAGCCAUCCUCUGCCAACAUUCCCGAUCACGUCUUCAGGAGGCGAGAGAUUCUUCCCAAGGCUUCGAAAAAGGGCGACUGAAGCACUCUGGCAACAAUGCAGAAGAAGAGAUCAGCUGUGUGGAGGCAUUUCCAAGAGGUUGGGGAAAAUAAGGUUAUGUGUCGGACUUGCCACAAGCACCUUACCAAGCACGGAAACACCUCCAUGAUGCUGCGUCAUCUACGAGGGAAGCACCCUGAACUGACACAUUGCCUGCUGGAAUCUGAUGGUCCAACAGCAACCGGGGAAGGUGUUUCAUGGCAAAUAGAAGAGCAGCCUGUGGAGGAAGUGGUUGAACCCAUCCCCAUCUAUGAGGGUCAAGGUUUGAAGAAGAAAAGGUCUACAGUAUGGAGGCAUUUUGCAGAGGAGGGCACUGAUAAGGUCAGCUGCCGCAUCUGCCAAGAAAAGUUGGCCAAGCAUGGAAACACAUCCUCGAUGCUGCGCCACUUGCGAGGGAAGCACCCACAGCUCAAGCUUGGGGAGCUGCAAGGUGAUGGAAACAGGAAAUACAAUCGCCUUCACCUAAAGGCAAGUAACACAGAAACACGCUUCCUGGCAGUGUGUGAACGCUUGUUGCAGCACAACCAGCUCACAGAUUGUACCCUCAUGGCAGAUGGCCAGUUUGUUCAAGCCCAUCGAUUGGUUUUGGCUACUUGCAGCGACAGCUUUGAAGAACUGUUCAAGACAGUAACUCAUGCUAAUCCUGUGGUAGUUCUUAGAGACAUCACAAUCCAGGAACUUCGUGGCAUUCUCAAUUACAUGUAUAAAGGAGAGACUCUGGUCAAGUCACAUGAGCUUCCAGGCCUUCUCAAAGCAGCUGCACAGUUGAAGAUUAGAGGCCUAAGUCAAGUGGGCCUGUCUGACUCAUGGAUGGACGAUUCAAGGGCAGGCCUAGACCAGGAGCACCACAUGACAGCCACUGGAGCCACAAAGCAGGACCUCAGUUUCUAUGACCCAGAUUUGGAGGAUGAGGAUGAGGAUGACCUUGAUGUGGAGGAGGAAGACCACAGAUUGGAUCAUUCAGGACAAAGGAAAAGAAAUGCCCAGACCUAUGAGCUUAUGGCGGUGUGUGAGGACGUUGACCUGGACAGCAGCCACCGAAGCAGUAUAUCACAACAGGAUGAUGUUCAGCCACUCAAGAGGGUUCAGAUCAAACUGGAAACAGGCACAGGCGAAAGUGACUCAGAGGAUCAAGAUGUGGAUAUUCAACAGCAAGAGGAGGAUGACAGUAACGUGACCCACUUCAUCCCCAUGCAGGAAGAGGUUAUCAUCCACCAAGAGGCCAUGGAAAUGCAUGAGGGGGAUGAUGACGAACAGAGCCCCAACCAAGCUGUAAGCAUUGUCAGUGAAGACCCUCUGACCCAGGCUGUCAAGGUGACUCAGAGGACUGGUGAUGUAGGGGCAGAGAAUGUGGCCAGCCUAAUUACCUCUUCUGCCAUGUUAGAUUUAGCCGCUUCCCAGCAUGACGCUACAGCCAUGUUAGACAUAACUGCCACUCAGCUCACUGCCUCAGCCAUGUUAGAUAUAAGAACUGCUCAGCAUGCUGCAACCUCCCAGGCUGCAAUAGAUGAUGAAGGUAUGAUAUUGCUUGGCUUGACGGAAGGCGAAUCACAAAAUCGCAUUUACACUACAGCCAGCUCUUCACUCGAGGCUUCCACAUCACGCUCCACACGACCAGAGCCACCUCGAAGGGUACGGAAAUUUGCCAAACAGGAUCUUGUUACAGCACUGAACUUGGUACACGAUGGUCACCUUGGUAUCAAGCCUGCAGCCAAAGCCUUCAACAUACCUAUUGCUACCCUGUACAAUGCUAGCAAGAGGCAAGGCACAAAUGCCAUUGAGCAACAAACUACUGUGUUUAGGAAGAAACAGCUAUAGAUAUAGGAGAAUGGUGGGUACAAGUAAGAUAAGUUUAAAUACAGCAGGGUUCAUAAGAGUAUUAAUAAUUUUUUUAUUAUUACUUACUGGUACCGACGUUAGCAUCAUUAUUUUCUUUUUUUUAUUAUUAUUACUCUUUGCUAUUAAUGUUAUUAUCAUUACAAUUUUGAUUAUUAUUAUUUUUGUUAUUAUUGUUAUUUUUACCAUUAUCAUUAUGAUUAUAUUGAUAUUAUUUAUUAUUAUUAUUAUUAUUAUUAUAUUAUUAUAACUGUUGUUAUUACUAUCAUCAUUAUCAUCAUCAUUUUUUUUGUGUGUCAUAAGUGUAACCCAAGUGAUAUUUAUUUGAUUAUACAUGACCCACAUUGUAUUUUACUAUUAUUUAUCCAAGACAAAUGAAGUAUUAGCCAAACCAAACUUUUGCCAUAAAAAGUCCAAACUGCAGGUAUUUAAAACUGCCUUGACCUUGAAAGACUGCUUUCCAGUAUUUGCAUUAAGAAACAAAUGUUAUGCAGUUUGGAAGCUGAUUAUGUAAACACUCAUUCACGUUGAAUAGAAACUGAAGGAAUGUGAUUGUUCCAUUCAGUGAUAUCCUUUGUGUUCCCUGAUAAAUCUGACUCUUUAUCAGUUUGUUUAUAAAGUUUCAAAAUUAAAAAGAUUUGUGUAUGCUUUUUUUUUUUUUGGGCUAUUUUGAAAGAUUUUGGAAUGUGUUACAAGUACAAAUUAUUUUAGUCAUCUACACCAACUUUUAGGUUUAAGUUUGAUUUUUUGCUCCCUGAUAUGUUGCUCUAGACUUACCGAAAGUGACUGUUAUUGCCAACCAGGUUGAGAAUGGUAUUCUUGUUGCUGAUAUUCUGUUAUUCACAGUAGUUAGAAAAUCAACUUUAUCUGGUUGUAAAUUGGUAAUAUUUUCUAUUCUUUGUUUCUGUAGUUCUAUGUAUAUAUUACUUUUAAGCAUGAUAUAUUUUGCUUACCAAGUGUUCCUUUCCACAAAACAUGAAUUCAAUUUCCCAUAUGUUAACUGUAAAUAUCUUGCAAUUUGUAAUACAAUAAAACAUUAAUUUGGUUAUAGAAAUCAUCACACAAUUCUAGACUUGGGUUUACCAUAUCCGAGAAAAGCUUGAGAAGCAUCUUUAUAUAAUAUAAAUAAUAUAAGUAUAUCUGCCAAUGAUUUAUCUUUAUUUUUUACUUGUAUUAAUGCCUUUCAUACCUGUUAGUGCUUUUUUUCUCUCCCUGUAUCUAUGUUUUUACAGGAUUAGUUGAUUAGACAGUUGGUCAGAUUAUUCUUACUGGUUUGUCGUAUUUGGUGAAUAAUUAUCUUUUAAAAUUGUUUUGCAUAAGUAUUUACUUUUUUUUCCAAGUUGAGUUGAAAAAAUAAAUAGAUAAAAAAAUCUGAUUAAUGAAAGUAUUGUGUUAGGAUGUUUCUUAACAUCUCCCUGUGUAUGAUAACGGGUCGCUGUCGUACAUGUAUCUAUUUUAUUAAAAUAUACACCAAGAUAUU